AUGGAGUCACUACUUCAAUCUAGAAGGAUUCACCAAGCGGUUGCCCAAGAACUAGCUGGGUGUGAGAAACAGUGCACCUGCGGUGGUGAACAUGGGACAAGUAACCAACAUGUUGCCCUCCAGCUUCCCUCCAUGCCACCACCAUAUUCCGAUGUCUCCAGCGAUGAGACGUCGUGUGAUUCAGUAAUCCACGUUGGAUGGGCAGGUCCAGAUGAUAAACUCAAUCCCGUGAACUGGAGUGUUGCACGAAAGGUAUUCAUGACGGUCCUUGUCUCUCUGAUUGGGGUCUGUGUCACCGCGGCUUCAACCAUUGAUGCUGCAGGGGUAUCCCAGUACAUCGAGGAAUUCAAUACUUCGGAAGUCGUGGGGUCUCUGACAACAGCCCUGUUUUUGAUCGGGUUUGCUUUCGGUUCCUUGGUCUCAGCUCCCUUUUCAGAAACUUUCGGCCGCAAUGUUGUGUACAUUUCAACCAUGGUUCUGUUUCUCCUGUUUAUCAUGGCAGCUGCCUUGGCACCUAAUCUUCCGAGUCACCUUGUGUUUCGCUUCAUUGCUGGGUUCUUCGGCUCCACGCCCCUUAGCUGCGCCGGUGGGACAGUUGCAGAUCUGUGGGAUCCAGUACAAAAGACAUAUGCAUUUAUUAUAUACGCCAUUCCCGCGUUAGGUGGUGCCAUCCUUGGACAGAUGAUCGGGAGCUUCAUUCCAUCCACUCUCGGAUGGCGUUGGCUGGAAUGGAUCAUCCUGAUACUGGGAGGCGCUGUGCUGGUGGCAGUGGCCCUCCUACAGCCCGAGACAUACGGAGGCCUUUUGCUACAAUGGAAAGCGUCCGCCCUCCGUAAGCAAACCGGAGAUUCGCGGUACAACGCGCCUAUGGAAUUGAGAUCAGAGACCUUGCAACGGCGAAUAGUUAUUGCGAUCUAUAGGCCUUUUGCGUGGCCUUACUCGGAACCGAUUAUUAUCCUGAUAUCCCUCUAUCUUACGGUUAUUUUUAUCAUCCUAUUCACAUUCCUGGAAGGCUACAGAUUUAUCUUCGGAGAGACAUACGGACUUUCACAGGGACUUACUAGCAUGGCCUGGUGUGGGAUAUUCGUCGGAAUGGUCCUAGUCUGUCUAAUUGUCCCAGUCAUAUACUCAUGGACCCGCAAAGAAUACGCCGAAACGGCCCGGAUCCGACCAGAGACUCGACUGUGGUAUGCCAUGCUCGGUGGUGGUCCUGCAGUCCCAAUAGGUCUCUUCUGGAUGGGAUGGACUGCCCACCCUUCAAUCAGCGUCUGGUCCCCUCUCGCUGCGUCCGUAGUAUUCGGCUACGGUGUAACCACCAUCUUCAUCAGCGCAAAUAUGUAUAUCAUUGACACGUAUAAUGUAUACUCCGCUUCCGCUUUAGGAUUUACGGUAUUCGCGCGAUACUUGGUCUCAGGUGGAGUUCUGGUGGCUGGAAGCACAAUCUACAAGAGAUAUGGCACCCACUAUACACUCACUGUCUUGGGUGCUAUCAGUGCUGUGAUGGCAGUUAUCCCAUACCUGCUGUACUACUAUGGGCCGCGUUUACGGAAGAGGAGCAAGCAUGCCGUUCUAAAAGACUGA